AUAGCGACAGAGUAAGAGAGCUCCUCAUUUCCUCCGCUCUGUGUUUCAGCUUCAGUUCACUGUCAGGCUAGCAGCCGAGAAGCGAUCUUCCCACAACAACCCCUGCCAAACUCACCUUUUAAACUUGUCUUUCCCUCGUUAUUGCGUCUUUUUGUUUCUACACGGUCCGUAAGGAUACAAGGCGUGUUUUUCUUCCCGUGUUUGUGCAGGAAUAAAAUGGUGGUUUUGACAAAUAAUGAAGAACAGGAUUAUAUCCUGAUAGAGGAGCGUCAAUGCAGCUCCCUGCCCAACUCUCCAGCCAAGCGAGUGUCUCCCACCAAAAAGAAGCAGUUCUAUAUAAACCAAGCCAUCCGCAACUCUGACCUCACUCCUCGAGCCAAAGGCAAGAAGAGCCUUCGCCGACUGGAGAACACUCGCUACCUUGCUAAUCUUCUUGAGAAGGAUGAGUGCACCAAAGAUGAUCUGGAAGUUUGCAGUAACCCAGCGAUCCCAUCCAUCUUCACUGAAGCCUGCACCAACGGAAACUACAUAGAGCCAUGGAAUGACUUCAUGAAUUGCUCAGGCGAGGAGCAGGAGAAGCUGCUGUCUCUGCUGGAGCUGGAGGGGGCCAAGAAGAAAAGCACCAGCGGCCCGCUCAAAGACGAGAGGAAUGUAAAUCCUGCCUUCAGCGCUCAGGACUUCUUCCAGAGGAUCGAUCGCAGACUGCGAGCGACUCUCAAACGGAAACAAAUCCCCAUGGGAACUCUGGAAAUACUUGAGGAAAACGUCCUGAGCUUCUUCAUCGCUCAGCCCAACUCUGUUUACACAACCAACCUAGCCAGCAGCUUUGAGAGGCUGCUGCUUCACGCCGUCUGCCAGUACAUGGACCUCGUCUCUGCAAGCAGCGACUACAACGGGUCCCGUCAGACUGAGGUGGUGAACAAGCAGGAAGAGUUCCUUCCUCCUGGGCUCCUGCUGUCGGCCCACUUGGAGCAGAUGAGCUGAGCCAUGUUUCCUCCUCAGAGCUCUGCGGCAGCCAGGUGCUCCGACAGGUGGAGAUAAAUCUGUUUGUCUGGAUAACGUCCGCCUGGUUCCUUCCUUCCUUCCUUUUUCCUCUGUCUGGUCUCUGGUUUCUGUAUCCAUAAAUACGUGAGAGUUUAUCAACGCCUGAAUGCAGACGGGUAUACAUCCUAAACAUUAGCAUGUUAGCAUGCUAACUGUUGGCAUGUGAGUAUGCCGCAGAUAGAAUUCAGCUCAAAGCCUAGCUAAGCCUGAGUACAUGAGGGUGACAUAGUUACAAUUUCCUUGCCUUGAGAAUAACCCUUUUGAUUUUAUCCUCAGGCAAAAUGCUUUAAUUUCUGCCAAACAGAAAAUGGUCUGUGUUGUCAAAGCAGUUUCUCAUUCAACCAAAAAUGUUGUUGUCUGGUGUGAAAGAAAGCAUCAUGGAGCUGUGUGGCUCGAUUGAACUACUGUUUUCAUUCUUGGGAUCAAAUGUUUUCCAUGUUUUCCAAGUCAAUUAAUUAACAUAAUAAUGUUAUAUGGAUUGUUAAUUCUUCAUUUUAAGAAUAUUAUAACCUCACAACCUGAUUGUUGAUCUUGAAUUCACAACUAGGUAUACAUAAUACAAACAAAUCACACUUGUUUCAAUUUCCAAAGAACAAAUGGCAACAGUUCAUAAUCCUUGAGAUUAGCAUUCAAAUUAAUUUAUGAGUUGUAUAUUAGAGCAACGGUUAGUCAAGAGUUGAUCUAUCUGUCCCUUUUCACAGUGCAAAUGAUAGCAUUUAGAAACGACUGUUAAGUAAAACAUCUUUCUUUCCAAGCACAAAUUCAGAACAGUACAUAAUGACAAUAUUAACCUAAAAAGUAAUGGAAUAAUUACUUAAAUAACAGACUUGUAUAAAAUAUAUCUGUGCAGCUCUGUGCAGGCUGCAAGGAGUCAUAGAGACAUGUUGCAAAGGUGCUAAGACUGAGGUAUGCAUAAGGAAAUAUAUCACUGCCUGUAGGGUCAUCCUGUAGGGCAUGAACAUGUAUCAUUCGCUCUUCAUCUGAGAUACAGAAGUAAAUUAUUUGCUGGGAAAGUCAUUCUUAAGAUUCUUCUUCUUUUAAGGUACAAUUUAUUGGAUAUUUCUUUCAUUUUGUCUUUCUCUGCUGGCUUUGUCAAGUGUUAUCACCUCGACUACUCGGCAUCAGGAACAUUCUUUCCCCGAUACACACUAAAGUACAUGAUUGUGUAUGUAUAGUAUGGCAGCACUGUGGCUGAACAGGUUGCUCAUGUGCUGCUUUCAAUGCACACUGGUGUAGACGAGGUGUGAGUGUUAUAUCAGUCAAUAAUCAAAGACAAGCAAAGGAACUGUGCUAUAGUCAUAAACUGCUUAUGUCUGUACAUUUCAAUGUAUUCAAGGCUUUCUUGCUACAUGCACAAUGCUCACUAGGUUUACACACAAGCAUAACAUUACAAGCAUAUCUUUUUUCACAUAAACAUUUAAUAUUGUUACUACGGUUUUAAGUAGAAUGUCCAAUAGAUGUGUUACACUGGUAGAAAUAAAACCAUGUUACUUUGUUUUGAUGAUAAAAGCCUGCAGAGUUUUGACUCUGUAUGAACAUUAACUCUUACAACAGCACUUCUGCCUUAUGAAUACAAGUUUCUAUGUUUUUUUCUACAUUUGUACUUGACUGGAUUUUGGAAACAAUGUGUAAAAAAACUUGACAUGGUGCAUUUUGUUGUCAACCAAAGUUUGUGUGUUUGUUUGCGUUGAAAUGUUAUUUCUCAGGCUCUGAAUGUCACGUAGUUCAUCUCACAUGGUGUCAUCUUCUGUGUACUGUGUCCUUCAACAUGAACUUGUUUUGGUCAUGUUCACCCCAACACGGCGGGGCGCUGCCAACUUUUUAAAUAUAAUAGAAGUAGUUGUGCCUGUAAAAUAUGAACUCAGAUGAUUUACUUGUUUAUACACUUUAUAUACUAGUCAAAAACAUCUUUGUGUAUUUAAUGAUAUGUGUGUACUACAGCAAUUAUUUAUAAUUAUCACUGCAUCUAUUAAAAGGAUUUCAAAUAUUUCUCCUUA